GUGGGUUAGAACGGGAAAAGAAACUGAGGGAGCCACUAGAAAGGAACCUGGAUGCGGGAGACAAAGGUGCGAAUGUACAGGUAGGCUUUGGGCAGGCAGACGGAACCGGCACUCACCUUGAAUAAUUAGACAAGGUGCUACCUUGACUAUCAAAGGAAGCCAGGCACACCUUGACCUCUCACCAUCUUCUAAACUCCUGGGAUCCCUGAGUGUUUGGGACUCCACCCACCCGUCCAGGCUUCGCCCUGGAGGCCAUAAACUCUAGUGGGGGCUCUGCGGAGGGGGAAUGCUGUGGGAGCUGCUUGCCUCCUCCUGCACCCCCUCUUGUGUCACCAGAGCUGACUGUGGAGGAGUCAAGCUUCCCUGCUGAGGAACUGUGCCAAGAUGGAGAAGUCCCAUGCCUGAAUGUAACAGAUGGAUGUAUGGAGGAGAUGAGCGGUGAGGACCCAAAUUGUAAAAGCAUGGAGAAGAUGGAGCAUAGACUACCUUUCCAGAUCUUCCCUGAGACGUCUUUGCACAGCCUGGACCACGACCGUGAAAAGGAACGUCUUCCCUCUAUUGUUGUGGAGCCCACCGAGCUGAGUGAAGUGGAGAGCGGAGAGCUGCGCUGGCCUCCGGAGAACAUAGACAUGGAGGACGAUGAGGAGGACCUGUUCUUGGAGCAGUGCAUCCCCCCAGCAAACAUUGCAGACUGGGGAGACGAGGAGGAGGAAGAGGAGACGUCACUUAUACUGAGCCAGCAGCCAGGCUUGACCCUCAUCGACCUACAGUCUGAGGCAUUUAUAGACGAUACUCCAACGCUCCCACCAAGCAGCACUCCAGCUUUCAACUGACCUCUCCUCCAGGAGUUCACCACCUCAGCAGAUGAUGAAACAUCCUGACCUGAACUGUGACAAAAGAUUACGCACGGGUAACCAAUGGCAACAUAUCGCAAUAUGUUAAAUUAUAAAUUACUACAUGCUGAUAUCGACGUGUGCAGCAACAUUGAUGCCGUGAUGUGAACAUGAGCACACUUACACAGAUGUACACAGUCGGCUUGCUGACAUCUGUGAUUUAAGCAACUUUGUUUUAUUUUUAAGGGGACAUUUGCUGACGUUUUGAUUUAAGUUUCAUUUCCCUUUUUAUUUUCCAACUUUUCAAAAGCUCACUAACGUCACAACCCAAGAUAAAGGAACAUCCUGUCACGGCAACAAUCUGUUCUUGCAUUGAAGUUAUACUCCUUUUCUUUACUUGGUCACGGUAUCUUUUGCAGAAAUCAGCCUGCACUUCAAAAAACCUUUUGCCGGUAGACAACAUUGGAGGCGUUUUAGGAGAUUAACCUGGUUGUUUGAUUCAGUAUGUAGUUUUUUUAAAAGCAACGUAAAAAAUGAAAGAAAGAAAAAAUAGAUUCAGUUGCUCGCUGGAUUUAUGAGGCUUAGAUGUCCACAUGAAUUUCCUCUUAGACACUACCUUCUAAACUAAAUUUGUCGAUGCGGCAUGACAAAUAGAAUGUUACUGUGUCCAUCGUGGGAAUUACAGAUCUUGACGAAUGUGUAUUUUCUGCAAAGUUGCGAAAAUCAACCAAAAUGAACUUUAAAAUGAGGCAUCAUUUUGCUCUUUCUGCAUUUUAUGACAACAAAGGAAGCCAGCGAGAACCACAGUUGUUCAGUUAAACUACUGCACGUGUGUGUUGCCUGAAUUGUGAAUGACUUGUAUAUAUAGAAAAAACGGAAAUGUUAUAAAAUGAAUAUUAU